ACAGGAAGACUACAAGCCCCGUGGUGCUUUGCGCCUUGUAGGGCUCGCUCCCUCCGGGUGCGGGCGGCGGCUGGGCCGGAGCGUGUCGCGGGGGCGUCACGUCGGCUGGUUGCCUGUGAAUAAGAAGGCGAGAAGGGGACUACGGUUGGGCUGCCUUGUUGUAACGCCCGAGCGACCUGUCAGCCUUCUCUUCCGGUUUCAACAACCCUCCACCCCCGGUAUCUCCUGUGUCUCUGCGAUUCUCCGACUGAUAGCGACUGCACAGGCGCAAGUGGGAGGGCGGGGGAAAUGGCUGAGACCAUCGCGGACACCAGGCGCCUGAUCACGAAACCGCAGAACCUCAAUGACGCUUACGGGCCCCCAAGCAAUUUCCUUGAGAUCGAUGUCGCCAACCCUCAGACGGUGGGGGUUGGUAGGGGCCGCUUCACCACCUACGAGGUUAGGGUCAAGACAAACCUCCCUAUUUUCAAACUGAAGGAGUCGUGUGUCAGGAGAAGAUACAGUGACUUUGAAUGGCUUCGAAGUGAACUAGAAAGAGAGAGUAAGGUUGUAGUACCUCCGUUACCUGGAAAAGCUUUUUUCCGCCAGCUGCCUUUUAGAGGAGAUGAUGGGAUAUUUGAUGACUCUUUUAUAGAGGAAAGGAAGCAAGGGCUUGAACAAUUCAUAAACAAAGUUGCAGGCCACCCUUUGGCGCAGAAUGAACGCUGCCUUCAUAUGUUCUUGCAAGAUGAAGUAAUAGACAAGAGCUACACACCAUCCAAAAUAAGACAUGCUUGAAUGUUGCACAUCACUUUAACUGGCAUAAAUGUUAGUCGUGACAUACUUGGUCUAAGAUUUGUAGUUUAAGGUUUUUAGCAUGCUGCAGACAAACUGGCACAAGAAGCCUUCGGUAUAUUAACAGCACUGCUUGGUCCUUUGCAUUCAUUUUUAUGGCAUUAAAGAACUCUAGGUAAACCUGCUGUCAGACUGUUGAUUAAAUGGUUUUUUAAAAUCUCAAUAUUUUGAAACUCUUCCCUUCUUGCAAUGACCUUGUGGUGGUUACUGACUUGGCCUUACUUGAACUUGCACUGUUUCUGGUGUUGCACGUUCACUUUUAUUUCAUUAAAACACUAGAAUGUUUCUGUACAAUAACUAGCAUUCAAUUCUGCAGUUUGGUGACUAACCUGGUGCAUUGUGUUCAAUACCCCCAUGUGUAAAAUAAGCACUUCUGUAGUUGUAUUCUUAGGCUGGGGAGGGGGGGUGUUUGUACUGAGAAGCAAUGAGGGAACUUAUCUUUAUAUUGUGUAAAAAGGAAUCAGAUUUGUAUACUAAGAUCAUUUGUCUAAAAGUUGUUUUGAAAUAAAAAGUAAAAAUACA